CUUCAACGAGGGUGUGGCGGUCGAAGUCCGCAAGUAGAGCCCUAUUUAAACUUGCCCUGUCUUUCAGUGUCCUGCACACAUCAAUGCUGUCCCUUCAUGGCCCAUAUUGCUAGCACGGACAACUACCGCAUCCAUAUCGAAAUACUAGCAUGGCUCUCAUCCAGACGUCCCCUGUCCCCUCCACCUCCGAGGAUUCCAAGAUGGCCAUUGGGGAUCCCAAGACGGCCCAUGAGGGCCUUGAAGUGGUCCCCCCGGAUCCCGAGAUGGAUCCUGGGGAUCCGGACAGGGACGAUCCGGAGAUGGGCCCUGAAAGUCCCAGGAUGGCCCCUCAGUCUUUCAAGAUGGCCCUUGAUAGUCCGCAGGAACGCCCGAAAGACAAUCUAGAAGAGCUCCUAAAAGAAUUCAAGGACGUCUACGACCGCGAGGCCGGCGCGUACCGCCGAUGCUUGAAGGUCGUCGCAGAAGACCUGACGCACGUCCUGGCCCAGGAGUCUAUCCGGCAUCUCCCCACCCUCUCCCGGGUGAAGGGCUGGGCCUCCGUCAAGGGCACUGCAAAGCGCCGACAGAACGACCGCCUAACCGCCCAAGAGAUCCAACGCAAGAUGAUAGAGCUGAACGAGAACUGGGAGCGGCAUUUCGACCGAUACAAUAUGAGUAAGACGGAGCUCGGGUAUUUCAGGAACCGGGACGAGCUCAUCCGCGUCUUCCACGAUAUGCUCGGCGCGCGGAUCGUGCUUUAUUUCCCGAGCGACUCGAAGAAGGUGCUCGAGCUCCUGAAGGAGGCAGGCUAUGAGAUGGCCAAGGACCCAAAACGAAUGGGGGGUCUGGCGGAUGUCAAGAGGCUACGGAAGCUUCAUGCGAAAUGGUUGGAUGCAUCCGCGUCCAAAGCCCCCGCCGAUGACCUCAACCUGGAUGGCGUGGAGCAGCAGUUCUCCGGGUAUGGCGCUAUCCACCUUGCUGUAAAGGUACCCAAGCGGCUCCAGCCGCGGGACCUGGGCCCGGAAGCGGAGAUAUGGGACAGGAGGGUGGUGGAAAUCCAAGUCGGCACCGUCAUGAUGCACGCCUGGGCCGAGGUCGAGCACGACAUCACCUACAAGUCUCCCGGCGCGUCUCCCGGACGCGAGGUAACGCAGGACGAGAAGGGUGUUCUGGACAUGCUCAACGGCCUCGCCAUUGCCAGCGAGGUGGGCCUACAUCGAUUUCGGUCGCCGCCGUCGUCGCCGUCGCCACCCGCCGAGUCGAUCGAGGAACUGCGGAGCUGGCUGCACCAGCUCUACAUCCGAAAGAAACGGAGCAUACCAGCCAAGUGGGAUUACGUGGACGAGCUUUGGGAUUAUCUAAAGAACGGCGAGAAGAACAACCGGGACGCGUUCCAACCUCUUGCCGAGAAGGGUUGGUCGAACCUGUUGGCGUUCAAAGGCGGUCGGAGCUUCGAGUUCGACCAUGUUCUACCCUACAUCAUCAUGCAUGGCCGCCUGCCAGCUGAUGCGGUGUCGCAAGCUCCUCCACCGCCGUUAGUUACUCCGGAUCCGCCAUCUACCGGUGAUGGAAGCGGCAAAUUAAGGACGGAACUCCACACAACAGCUAACAAGCUCGGUGAACUCGUCCGCCAAUACUGUCCUCAGGACAGCCAGAUCGACCCCCAUGCAAAAGACAAGCACGGCCACAACGCUGCCUGGUAUGCUACCGCCUGCAUGAAGAAGCUUGGUGAGAUCAUCGCCUCGUUGGCGGCCACGUCGGGCAUCGGUUCCAACCGGGCAACGGAAUUGGGGAACGCUGCUCCCGACGGGUUGAGGCAAGCCUUCUUCUACGCUGUGGUAAAUGGCGAGAGCAAGGUGGUGCAGUUUGUAAUCGACAUGGGGGGCGACGUCAACUGGAAGAGUAACGGAUUGUAUGGGUGUUGGAGUAAAUACGACGUCCCGGCCCUCCACAUUGCGAACUACUACGGGAACGAAAAGCUCUGGCAGCUUUUAGUCAAAAACGGAGCCGACAGGAGCGCUAAAGAUGCCUAUGGAAAUUUGUGGACGGCCAAGACUUGGGGAGGAGAGAGAACCUGGACGUUUGUCUGAAACAACUCAAAGCGGACGAGGCACGGCAGGUGACUUCUGGCAACUUGCAGUUUCGGCACGGUGUAUGUCAGGGUUGUGAUCAAGGUAGCCGACUAGGUACAUUAGGUACACUCUACACGCGUAGCACAAAAACAAUAACAACCUCAGCAUGUGAUGGGAAGGUCUGGCGUUAGCUGCUUUGCCCCUAAAUUAUCAACGCCGCCGGCGUUCUUCCUGGUAGGUCACAAUUAGGCAAGACUAAAC